UCUUGGGAAUGUUGCCAUGAGUGCCUUGAUCCAUUACUAGGUAUUAUUCUGCACUGAUGUGAAUAAUUCUUACUUAAGAACAUUGUAAAAUGUACAUUUGUAGAAUGGUUUUCAAACUUUGUUGGUUGUGUGGCACUCUUUAGCCAAUGUAUAUUUGUAUGCUAAUGAUCAACCAUAUAUGCAGCUUUUGAAUUUUUCUGUUAAGCAGUGGUUUAUUUGUAGGUAAUUGUUUGUUAUUCAUGUUUGAAUGUUCUAUACUAUUUCAAUUCAGCUUAAGUCCCUCUGUUUUAGUAUUCAUCUUCAAUUGGGUAACUGGAAUUAAUACAGGCAAUUCUUUGGUCCAUGUUUAUGUGCCUUAAUUUGUCUGUGCAUGCAUGUAUGCUGAGCUUUUGUUUCUUCAUCUUCUCAAAUCUUUUACUUUUCCUGCUUUGACUACUUAUUGAUAUGUGGUUUUGGUUUUACUAUCCUAUCUGCCACCUCAUUUGAAGCUAUUGCUGCCUGGAUAAAGGAAGACUGCACCAUGUCUGAAUUUCACUAAAGAUUAAAAUUCUGAGCCUGUCUAGUCUUAGUCUUGUUGUUGAUAUAUCUUUUAAAAUUACAUCAUGCUAAAACAUUUUCAUCAUAUCACAUCAUUUUUGUUUUGUUCUUUCCUGUACCACUUGAAAUAUCGAUUAGUAUAUCCCGAAUUCAUUUACUAAUCAUUUAGAGGUAUUGACAAACUGACUGGAUAUAUGAAGCAGACUUGAUUAUAUCUAGGUCUUUCCCAUCUGCAAGGUGAUACUAUACCAUUUUAUAAAGCUAAUGGCACAUUAUUCUUGCUGUUAACUUCUCUCUGAAUAUAUUAAUGAAUUGAGUUUAGUUUCUUUGGUCUUUGGUUAUUAGGAAUGGCAUCUCCAAAAGAUGAAGCUACAGCAACAAUACCAAACCGUGUUCCUAUGGUUCGACAAGGAAUUGGAUCGAAAGGCCAAAAGAUUCGCUUACUCACCAACCAUUUUAAAGUAGGGAUGACCAACUCUGAUGGGCACUUCUUCCAUUAUAGUGUUGCUCUAAAUUAUGAAGAUGGAAAUCCCGUAGAGGUAAAAGGCAUUGGACGAAAAAUUCUUGACAAGGUCCACCAAACAUAUUCAUCGGAGCUAGCUGGCAAAGAUUUUGCCUAUGAUGGGGAGAAGAGCCUGUUCACUAUUGGUGCACUACCCGGGAACAAGUUUGAGUUUACUGUUGUCUUGGAGGAUAUUCCUUCGUCUAGAAGCACUCGAGGUGGAAGCCCUGAAGGGAGCCCUAGUGAAGUUGAUAGGAAAAGAUCAAAGAGACAGCCAUGGUCAAAGGCAUAUAAAGUGGUAAUUAAGUAUGCUGCAAAAAUACCAAUGCAAGCUAUUGCCAACGCACUCCGGGGACAAGACGCUGAACAGUGUCAAGAUGCUGUGAGAGUGCUUGAUAUAGUUCUGAGGCAGCAUGCUGCCAACGGGGGCUGCCUUAUUGUGCGCCAAUCUUUUUUUCAAAAUGAGCCUAGAAACUUCGUUGAUCUCAGUGGAGGAGCUUUAGGAUGUCGAGGUUUCCAUUCAAGCUUCCGGGCCACGCAGGGAGGCCUUUCAUUGAACAUGGAUGUAUCAACCACAAUGAUUGUGCAGCCAGGGCCAGUGAUGGACUUCCUUCUUGCGAAUCAAAAUGCAAGAGAUCCUUACCAGAUUGAUUGGUCCAAGGCAAAGAGGAUGCUGAAGAGUCUGAGGAUCAAGGCCAGCCCCUCAAAUAGGGAACACAAAAUCACUGGCCUCACUGAAAAGCCUUGCAAAGAGCAGACUUUCAUGUUGAAGCAGAAAAGUGGAACUGGGGAAGUGCAAGAGGUUGAGCUGUCUGUUUAUGAGUAUUUCACUAAUCAUCGCCAUAUUCCUUUGCAAUAUUCUGGAGAUUUUCCUUGCAUUAACGUUGGGAAACCCAAACAUCCAGCUUUCAUUCCUCUUGAGCUUUGCUCUCUGGUGUCUUUGCAGCAUUACACCAAGGCACUGUCCAAUCUACAAAGGGCUUCCCUGGUAGAAAAAUCCCGACAAAAGCCCCAAGAAAGGAUGAGAACAUUGAGCAGUGCUCUAAAGACCAGUAACUAUAAAGCCGACCCUCUUCUUGGAUCUGCUGGAAUUUCGAUCGGUGAUCAGUUUACUCAAGUUGAAGGUCGUGUCUUGCCAACUCCAAAGUUGAGGGUAGGGGAUAAACAAGACUUACUUCCUAGAAAUGGAAGGUGGAAUUUUAACCAGAAGCAAUUCGUUGAACCAAUCAAACUCAAGCGCUGGGUAAUUGUGAACUUCUCUGCCCGUUGUGAUGUCUGUAAGCUUUGCACAGAUCUACAAAGGUGUGCGAAAAUGAAAGGAAUGCUCAUUGAUCCACCAUGUGAUCAUAUCUUCGAGGAGGAUCAGCAGUUCAGGCGCAACUCUGCUCCCGUGAGAGUUGAGAAGAUGUUAGAAACAAUGCAAUCAAAACUUCCAAUUAACCCUCCACCUCAGUUCUUUCUCUGCAUUCUACCAGAGAGAAAGAACUCUGAUCUUUAUGGACCCUGGAAGAGAAGGAAUUUAACUGAUUUUGGAAUUGUUACACAAUGCAUUGCUCCUACAAAGAUCAAUGAUCAGUACCUUACCAACGUGCUCAUGAAAAUCAAUGCAAAGCUGGGUGGCAUGAAUUCCUUUUUGACUAUGGAGCUUGCCCCUGUACUAGGUCAAAUUUCACAAGCCCCCACCAUCAUUAUUGGGAUGGAUGUCUCUCAUGGAUCACCUGGACGAGCAGAUGUUCCAUCCAUCGCAGCGGUGGUUAGUUCUAGACAGUGGCCCUAUAUUUCACGCUAUCGAGCAGCUGUUUGCACUCAAUCACCAAAGCUGGAAAUGAUAGAUUCUCUGUACAAGAAAGUAUCAUAUACUAAAGAUGAGGGUUCAGUUUCAGAAGAAAAAGAUGAGGGCCUUUUCAGGGAGCUGCUGCUGGAUUUCUACUUUAGUUCUAACAAUAUGAAACCUGAGCAUAUCAUUAUUUUCAGAGAUGGAGUUAGUGAAUCCCAGUUCAACCAAGUCAUAAACAUUGAGCUCAACCAGAUUAUCGAGGCCUGCAAUUAUCUGGACCAAAAUUGGUUUCCAAAGUUCACAGUCAUUGUUGCGCAAAAGAACCACCACACAAGGUUUUUCCAGACCAACUCACCGGAUAAUGUUCCUCCUGGGACUGUGAUUGACAAUGCAAUCUGCCAUCCAAAGACCAAUGACUUCUACAUGUGUGCACAUGCUGGGCCUAUUGGAACAACACGACCGACACACUACCAUGUUCUGCAUGACGAAAUUGGAUUCUCAGCAGAUGAUAUACAAGAGCUGGUCCAUUCUCUGUCUUACGUGUAUCAGAGAAGUACCACAGCCAUCUCUGUUGUUGCACCCAUAUGUUAUGCCCACUUGGCAGCAGCACAGAUGUCACAGUUUAUCAAGUUUGAUGAACUGUCAGAGACGUCCUCUAGCCACGGUGGAGUUAUCACAGCUGGUAGUGUUUCAGUACCUGCAUUGCCUUGGCUUCACGAGGAUGUUCGCAGUUCGAUGUUCUUCUGCUAAGCCCUACACCUGCAAAAUAGUUUUGGAGAAAAAAAACUACUCCUGUCUCUUAGGGGAAAUUUCUUUUUCUGUAAUGAUAAAUCUUAGAACUCAGAAUUAUCACAGGAGGUUGUUUUUCCGUCAACAUUUAUCUAAGCCACUGUGGUGGAGAAAACUAACUAAUGCUAAUUUCUGGUUAUGCUGUGAUGAAUGCCAGAAAUCAGUAUAUUACACUCCUUAGGCCAUUGCAUUGGCUUGUUCAUCCGUUUAUGUGAUAGAGAGGUUUUAGAAAACUCUACUUUUGCUGUUUAGACAUUUCUGCAAAAUAUUAAUCUAUAUGACAAGAAUAUUGGUGCCCCUUAAGAAUUGAU